AUAUUCGUUUAAGUGCUCUCAUUGCACAUGUAAAUUUUCGUACCUCAAAUUUAUAUUUAUGUUUUCGUUAGAAUUAACUAGCCUCUCUGUAUGUACGGCACCAACCGUCCUCGCACCGCAGACACGGCUUCACGCCUCCGCACGUCACAUGCAGGGUUGCCUUUCCCUUGCUCUGCCCCACACUCCAUUCUCUUCACCCUUUCCCCCCUCCCUCCCCAAUCGGCCCAUCCGUCCAUCGUCGCAUCUCUCCUCGGUAGCCAUCUCUUCAAGGAAAGGUUCCUGCUUUCUUGGCAGCCGCGAGCGGCGCCUUUCCUUCUGCCAGUCUCCUUCCUUCCCUUCCUCUUCUUGCUUCCCUCCUCCUUGAUUCCUGAGGCUGAGGGUCCCGGUGGAGCUCGGUUCCGAUCACUUUAUCAGACCGUCGAUUGAUCGGACAGUAGUAGCAGUGGUGUAUUCCUGGGAUGGGGCUGCUGUUCGUGGAGCGGCUUGAGGGGGAGGGCGUGUUCAGGUGCCGCCGGUGCCGCGUGGACGCCGCCUCCAAGGACGCCAUCAUCUCCAGGGACUUCUACGGCCGCUCCGGCCGCGCCUACCUCUUCGAUCACGUCGUGAACGUAUGCCUUGGUCCUAAUGAAGAUCGCUAUCUUAUAACUGGGCUUCACACGGUGAAUGACAUCUACUGUAACUGCUGCCAACAGGUUCUUGGCUGGAGAUAUGAGAAAGCCUACAACGAAAGCCAAAAAUACAAGGAAGGGAAGUUCAUCCUGGAACGAGCUAGGAUGGUGAAAGGCGGCUGACAGACGGUGAUUGGAAUGUUCUUAUUACUCAAAAUCCAAGAGGCAAACUAUAAAGAGAAUCGGCAGCAUGCGCUUGCUGCCGCUUAGGAUGAUCACUGGCAGCAGCAGCAGCAGCUUUGAUUUGUGAAAUAGUAUUGACUCAGAAUGCUCGUAGCUUUGUUAGAAGCUAGCAGUGCUACCAUUUGUUGAAUCUCUAUAAUCUAAAUGUUGUGUUGUCGCAUUCGCCACCUCC